AUGCUUAUAAACAAGAGUCCCUACAUCAUGCAGUCAUUACAGAAACUGAAUGAAACAUUGUAUGCAGACACUGCAGGAAAACUCCGCGGCGGGGAGGCGCCCGCGACCCCGCCCCAGCCUGUGCGCUUGGCCUCUCUGAGCCCGGCCCGGGCGGGAGCCGAGCGGUGCGCGGGCAGCAGACGGCGCCCAGGUCUCUGCUCCAAAGCCAGUGUGGCCACGGGCCUUGUUCUCUGCCUCCUUGCUCUUCCUGGGACCCCGGAGACGCCUGGGCCUGAGGUGCCUGUCUUAGAAGGGCUCCUGCUCCUUACGCCCCCAGAACCCAGUGUUCCUGGGCCAAGAGGUGCCCUGGUGGCAUCCUGCCCAUUCUCCUCCACUUCCUACGCUCCUGGAGAACCAACAUUUUUUCCUUCUGCUUCAGCUAAGUGCCUCAGGGGCCACAUGGAGCCAGUGACCUCAGAGGAGCUGCACCCUAAGAACUAG